GGGGCGCCGCGGGCGCAGCCGCCCUCCCUCACCCCGGAACUCGCUGCUCGGGCAACGGUGGCGACCCGGGCCCAGCGCCGGCGGCACCGGCGGAGGCGGGCGGCAGCGCUGCCAUGUCCGAGGGCAGCAGGGGCAGCUCGGUGGCCUUCGGCCAGGUGGUGAUUGGGCCCCCGGGCUCCGGGAAGACGACCUACUGCCAUGGCAUGCAGCAGCUCCUGGGCAGCAUCGGGCGCAGGGUGGCCGUGGUCAACCUGGACCCUGCCAACGAGGCCAUGCCCUACCAGUGCGCCCUGGACGUCGCCCAGCUCAUCACCCUGCCCGACGUGAUGGAGAGCCUGGGGCUGGGCCCCAACGGGGGCCUCAUCUACUGCAUGGAGUACCUGGAGGCCAACUCCGACUGGCUGCAGGAGAGGCUGGCAGCCCUCAGGGGCCACUACUUCUUGUUCGACUGCCCAGGCCAGGUGGAGCUCUACACCCACCACCGUGCCCUCAAGAACGUCCUCGCCCAGCUGGCCAAGUGGAACUUCAGGCUGGCUGCAGUGCACUUGGUGGAUUCUCACUACUGCACAGACCCUGGCAAGUUCAUCUCUGUGCUCUGCACCUCCCUCUCCACCAUGCUGCACGUGGAGCUGCCCCACGUCAAUGUCCUCUCCAAGAUGGACCUGAUCGAGCAGUACGGGAAGCUGGCUUUCAACCUGGAUUACUACACAGAGGUCCUGGACCUCUCUUACUUGGUUGACCAUUUGGCCUCUGACCCCUUCUUCAGGAGCUAUCGGCGCCUCAACGAGAAGCUGGUGGAGGUGAUCGAGGAGUACAGCCUGGUGUCCUUUGUGCCACUCAACGUCCAGGACAAGGCCAGCAUGCGGCAGGUGCUGCAGGCAGUGGACAAGGCCAACGGCUGCUGCUUUGGAGAGCAGGAGCACAGGAGCCUGGAGGCCCUCAUGUCGGCAGCAGUGGGAGCUGAUUUCCACUUCACUUCCACGCUUGCAGUGCAGGAGAAGUAUUUGCAAUCUCAGGACAAAGCCGUGGAGGAAGAGGUGAUGGAGCUGUGACACACCCACCCCUGCCAUCGCUGCUCCCACACCUCUGCUUUUCCUACCAGCAGCUGGAAGCACCUCAGCGUCCUGUGACUCAGCCCAGGCAAAGGCCUGUCCAGGCAGAGGGCUCCCUGCUGGACUCCCUCCCUGGCAGGGUCUGACCUCUGCCGCUGCAGCCCAGCUGCACAGGGCAGUGCUUUUGUGCUCCUCACCAAGGCCAGCCCAAGCCUUCCCUUGGGAGCGAGCUGGGUUCAGGCAGGUGGAGGAGAGAAGCAGGAUGGAGGGGACUGACCUCUGCCAAGACUCCUCCCGAGGAGGAGAAAGACAAAUCAAUUGGAGCUGUCUGCUGCAGGGAGACUUGAGCCACAAGUUCUGUGUCCCACAGAGGAGGAGCUUGUGUGGCCUGGUGCUCAGAGGCCAAGGAGCCUUUGACCUCUCUCGGGGAGGACAAACCAGGGCUGGUUUGUUUCUAAAUAAUGAGGGACUCUUUCUUAAUAAAACAAAACCUUCCUCUCUCUUUCA